UGGACUAUGAGGUUUAGUCAUUGGAACGUCUGAACUUUUUAUGUAUCAACAAUGGAGUUAAGGAAUUUUGGAUAUUUCAUUGUUUUGUGAAAUGUUUGGUGACUGUUAUUGGUAAAGUAGUCAAUUUAAAGUUAAUAGUAUCUAGUAAAUUUAAUUAUUCUUAAUUUGGUGUGCUGACUCAUAGUUCUAUUCCAUGUGUGUUAUUAACAUAAUGAUAGAUUAGUGGCUCGUAAGUUUUAGUUAUAACAUUCAAUAAAUUAGAAAAUAUUGAAUAUUUUUAUUAAUAUGAUUGAAUUAGGAUUCCUAUUAUUAUAUUAUUAUAGUUGUCCAAACAUAAUCUGGUUAUUUGUUAAUUAAUUGUUGACUGGUCACUAGUUGUAAUCAAAUUCCGUCAUAUCUGGUCAUUUGAACUUAUGAGUGGUUUUUAACACGUAAAUUAAUCGAUAAAAUAUGGAGGAAGAUAAAAUUAGCCCUGAUACUUCUGAUAAACGUAAAGUUGAUGAUGACAAUGUUAAUCCUAAACCUAAUCCAAAACGAAUCAAAUUAGUUCGUCCUGUAUUUACUCCUGUAGCUAAACCUACAGUUUCUCAGGCUGAAAUAAUCAAACCUGAUACACUUCCAAUAGAAGUAUCUAAAUCAAGCCAUGUAUCUGAUCAAGUUUUAAAUGUGAUUGAAAAACCUAAUGAACAGAUAGCAGAAAUUACUAAAACACCUAUUGAUCCAAUUGAAAUUGUAAAAAAAGUACUGCCUUUACCUAUAGUUCCUGAAGAACAAGUUGAUAAUAGUUCUGAUGCAUUAGAUAUACAGAAUAUUUUUAGUGAAGAAACUAAAAAAGAAUUAGAACAUUUGAAAAAAAAUAUUUUUAAGAUUGAAGAUGAUGGAUCAUCUUCAGAAAAUGAUAGUCAGCCAAAACGGCCUCGUUUGAAACGACCGACAUUUGUUAAAUCAGCUAUUGAAAAUAAAGUUGAAAUUUCAGAUACUAAACUGUUAGAUAAAACAAACGAAAUAGUUAAAUUGGAUUCAGUUAAAUCUGUUAGUGAAGAAAAUGUUAAUAACAUUGGUAAUGUUUUAGAUCAACAAAUAGUUGCUGAAGACAAUGUUGAUAAAGUGGUAAAAAAUAUUAUUAGUCAUGCAUUAGUGAAUGAUGUAGACCAUAACAGUAUUUUAACAGAAGACGAGUCUUAUGCAUCUGAAGUUGACAAUUUAUUAGAAGCUAAGUCUACUAUAGUUGAAAAUACUAUUAAAGUUGUUGAGAAUAAGUUAGAUAUACCUGAAAAUAUUGAAAAGAUCAUUGAAAACAAAACUACUACAGAAGAAAAUGUUCACAAACUCACUAAUAACUUUAUUGAAAGUAAAAAUGAUAAUCUUAAAAUAAAUCAAAAUACUAUUCAAUUUGAAGUUCUUAAACAAGAAAAUAUUAAUAAUAAAGAAAUGCCACAUAAAUUAGUUGAAAAGAAAUCUAUUGACACAGAUAAGAUUAAUCAAAUAGCCAUUGAGAAAAAUAUUAAAUCAGAGCCGAUUGAUGAGAAUAAAGUUUUUAAAACAGAGAUAAAAGAUACAGCAGUGAAAAAUGAUGGAGAAAAAAUGUAUUUUAAGGAAAAUGUUAGAGUAGUUUUAGAAAGAUACAUUGAUAACAAGUGUAAUAAUAAAUCACAAAAUAAAAUUAAUUCUUCAAAAUUAAGGCCUGAAAAUAAUAAAAAUAUUGUCGAAACCAACAAUGAAAAAUCCAUUAUGCAAGAUUCUGUGACCAGAACAAAUGAAGAAAACAAUAUAGAAAAUGAAAUUGAAUAUUCUAAUAUUGAUCAAACAGAUAGUACACAGGUUGGUAAAAUGGUCGAAACUAUUGAAGAUAAUAAAGUUAAUGUUUUAGAGAAUGAAAAUAAAAUUUUUAUCAUAAAUACACAAAAAGAUCUUGACAUUUUAUCUAAGCAAACAUCAAGUAUGAAUGCAAAACAAAAUAAUGAAGAACAUGAAUCUCAAAUAUUUAAGUCUGAUAUUUUAAAAGCAGCUCUUAUGUCUAGAAAAUCUCCCGACUCGCUUGUAAAUUCAUCAGAAGGAAUAGAUCAAUUUGAUACAAAUCCUACUUCAUUAGAAACUCAAAAAACAGAUGUCCUACCAACAAUUGGCCAAGAAGAUAUUGUAAAUAAAAUAGAAGCUGAGAUAAAACUAAAUACAAAAGACAAGCCAACUAAUAUUAAAAAAUCACAAAAUAAAAUACUUACUAAUAUGCCUGAGGCUAAUAUAUCUAAAGAAACAUUAAUGUCUAUUUGUUUAAAUGACAACAUAGCUGCUGUUAAACAUGACGAUCCUCCUAAGUGGGGAUCAGCUAAAAUGAAUGAAGUAGAAAAAUUCUUAAAUGAUUCUAAUGUCACUAUUACUCCUAUUUGUAAAUCUCAAGAAACACCAAAACUUGGUAAAAUUACAUUAAAAUUACCUAAAGUUGGAAAUCCAGAAAUUAAAGAAACUACUGUUCGUCCUGAUGUAAAAUCUGAAUUAAUAAAAAAAAUCACAAAUAAACAAAUUGCCAUGGGUGAUAGUCCGUUAAAGAAUGCCCUAGCUCAAUCUUCCAAAUCGUUUGGUGAUUUUGCUACUAUUCGACCUGCACCUAAACCCAGUGCAGAGCAAAUUGCACUUUUAGAACAACAAAUUUUAAAUACACCUAAAAAAAGAGGAAGGCCCUCAAAAGCUUUGGCACAGCAAAAACAGUUAUUGUUACAGUACCAACAACUACAACAACAAAAAGUUCAAGAGGGUAGUGCUGAAGAUGAAGCAGUUUUUCAUGUACCAUUAUUUGAUAUGGAAGAUAUGAGUGGAGGAGCAGGGAUGUUUGAAUCGUUUGAUGCAUCAACUCCAAAGCGAGGAAAGGGUAUUAGAGGGAAAGGUAGCCGAGGGCGCAGAGGACGAGGAGGAGGUCGUGGUCGUGGGCGGGAAGGAUCAGAUAGUGAUACUACAUCAAAUAGCCGUCGUAUGGAUGAUGAAAUAGAGCCUUAUCCAGAAGAAAUGAAUCAAGAUGAAGAAACCAAACAAGUUGCAAUGAUAGAAGCUGAACGUCUUCGAAAAGAAGAAGAACGGGAAAGAAAAAUGGAAGCAAGGAAAAAAAAAUUGAAAGAACGAAAUGAUGCUUUAAAAGAAAAAAAACUGAAAAAAAAACAAAAAGCUGAAGAAAGAAGAUUACAAUGGCAUGAAAAAAAAAGGCUAAUGCAAGAAGAAAAAGCAAGAGCUGCUGAGAUGAAAAAAUCUCUUCCACCACCACAAAACUUCGAUGAUGAAACCAGAAUGAGUGCUGAUUGUAAUAAUAGUCGAUCGCAAACACCUGCAAGGAACUUUUUAAUUGGUGAAGAUGAUUUAUCAAUGAGCGGUACUACAAAUGAUAGUAUGAGAUUGAAGAAAGGAAGAAUGGAAGUUAUUGACUUAGAAAGUAAUAAAACUUUAACUGUUGAUCAAAUUGCCGAAUAUCAAUGGCCAUUGGAAGGUGGUGAAUUGUAUAUGAUCCAAGAACAAAUAUCAAAUUUCCUAGGAGUUAAGUCAUUUAAAAGGAAAUACCCAGGAUUAAAACGUCGCAAUGUAGAAGCAGAAGAAAGGUCAUUCCUCUGUGAUAGUGGAUUGGUCGCUGAAUCUUUAUGUGAUCUCGGUUUAACUGUUCUAUAUAGUUCAGAAGUUUUAGACAUAAUGUACACAGAUUUUCCUGAAAAAUAUGAAGAACUAAGAGAAUAUAUGAGACUUAAACAUGCUAAAGAAUUGACAAAUCGACAAAGAGCAUUAAUGACAAUUAGUUCAAAUACUGAUGGAUCCAAGUUAGAUUUACGUGAGAGAGCAAUGGAAGCUGCUGCUAACUGGAAUGCUAAUUUAAAUAAAUCUCGUUUAGAGUUUCGCAAAUGCUCAAUGGAUAUGCAAACUUUUAUAGUGCAUUAUCCAAAAACCAAAUGCAAGAAAAUGGCCAUUCCUAAAAAUAAGAUUGGUAGUUAUCCUUUGGCUUUAUUACCAGGACAAUUUUGUGAUUACCACGCCACAUAUUCUAGUGAAGAUUUACGUUAUUUGCCAAUGAACACUGUUAUGUAUGGUCCAUUAAAAUCUGUGGACAAAGACUUUCCUGUUUCAUUGAGUAGCCAAUCUGAAUCUGAAGAUAGUUCCUCUGAUGACUCUAGUGAUAGUGACGAUUCAAUUGAUGUUGACAACAAAUUGGAAAAAAAUGAAUUGGAAUUUGGCCCUAGUGAUAAAAAAGGAGCAGAGUGUAAAUUAUGUUUGGGUACUGCUGAGAAAAAUAAAAAAGGAACAGUAGAGCCAUUAAUUCAUUGUUCUAAAUGUUUGACUAUAUAUCAUCCAACAUGUUUGGAUAUGACAUUGGAGAUGGUUCCUUACAUUAAACGUUAUAAUUGGCAAUGCAACGAAUGUAAAUCCUGUGCUCAGUGCAAAGAAGUAGCUGAUGAAGAUAAAAUGUUGUUUUGUGAUCUUUGUGAUAGAGGGUAUCACAUAUAUUGUGUAGGACUUCGUAGAGUACCGGAAGGUAGAUGGCAUUGUCAAGAAUGCGCUAUGUGUAAUUCAUGUGGUGUUUCUGAUCCUGGACCAGGUGAUUCAAAAUGGUUUUAUGAGUUCAAGAAAAUUGAGAAAACUGGUGCAAAAGUCUAUUGUCGUACAUUAUGUGCACCAUGUUCCAGGUUAUGGAAAAAAGGCCAUUACUGCCCUAAUUGCAUGCGUUGCUAUCCUAUCAAAAACGUCGAGCGCAUGACACAGUGUAACAGUUGUGAUAGAUACUUACACCCAGAAUGUAUCAGUGAAAAUACUUCAAAUACACAAAUUGUAGCAUGUACUAUAUGUGAAGAAAAAGCUGUUUCGAGAUUGCUAACUACAGUACCUAGAUCCUUAAUUAAAGUCUGAAUCAAAUUAUUAGACAAUAUAUAUUUUAAAAAUAUCAUAAAAGAAAAAAUAUUUCUGGUUUGUUUCUUAAUUUUUAGUUUUUUAUAGUA